AUGCGCCUCCUCGCGCCGGCACUCCUCUCGCUCCUCUGCGCCGCGCGUGCUGCGCUGGGCAGCAGUGCCGAGCCGCUGGAGGAGCACGUGGCGCACAUCGGCGUGCCGCUCGUCGACUCGGCGGCGCACGCGGCGCAGUGGCGCACGCCGCGCUUCCACCGCAUCCAGCCCGCCGUCGCGCCCGCGCCCGGCACCAAGAGCAAGACGGCCGUCUAUGUCGCCACGCAGCAGGGCGCCGUCGGCGCGCUCAACCCGCGCAACGGCGAGAUCGUCUGGCGCCGCGUGCUCAACCACACCGACGAGGUGCAGGGCUUCUGGACGGGCAUGGACGUCGCUCUCUACCUGACCGGGCCGGGCGCGACGCGCGCCUCGCUCCACCACGCCCUCACCGGCGACGUGCUGUGGUCUGCGCCGCUCUCCUUCCCCGCCUCGCUGGCCGACGCCGUCGUGCCCGAGUUUGCGCACCCCGGCUGCGACGCAGCCUUCGUGCAGGACCGCGUGCUGCUGCUCGACGGCGCUCGCCGCGUGCGCCGUGUGGCCGGGUACAAGGGCGUCGAGGAGUGGCGCUGGGACGUGCGCGAGUCUGCUCCUCACGCCUCGCUCGUCCGUCUGGCACCGUCGCCCGCGCAUGAUGCACUGUGGGCUCUCUCGCUGACGCCGCAUACGUCGCUGCUCUCGUCGAGCCCCUCGUCCUACACGCUCUCCUCUCACACGCUCAACCCGCAAACGGGCGAGCUGAUUGGCACCAAGGAGCUCGGGCACGUCUCGCCGCCGCGCGAGCUCGAGGGAUGGCGCGGCGAGGGCAAGGCGGGCGGCGCAAAGGACGUCGUCGUCCUGCCGCUCGGGCCCACUUCGCCCGCCAGCCCUGCCAAGCCGACUGGCCUCGAGCCGCAUGCGCUGCACAUCGCGACCGACGGCACGCUGCAUGCCUCCUCGCUCGUCUCUGCCUCGACGCACACGCUCAAGGCGCGCGUGGGCAAGUUUGUCGCGCUCAGGGAGGUCGGCAUGGGCGAGAAGGGCAUCGCCGUGGCACUGCGCGACGACGGACACGCCGAUGUGGUGCGCGUGGUGCGCAGCGCCAAGGGCGACGUGCAGCUCAAGGCCGUCUGGGAGUUCGAGGAGGACGCCAAGGACGCCGUAUACAGCGGCGCGUACGACAAGCAGGGCAACGCCUACAUCAAUCGCGUCUUCUUCUCGCCCAACCAGCACCUGCUCAACUUCCACGUCUACUGGGUCGACGCCAACGACGGCGAGGGCCAGGUGACGGGCUACAGCUUCCAGUGGGACCACGACCUGCACGGCGACGUGCUCGCUGCGCCCUUUGAGGUCUCGCCCGUCUCGCCCUUCCAGCUCGUGACGCGCGCCGUGCUGGCCACGUCGUCUGGCUCGCUGCGCAUGAUCCAGGAGGACCGGCACCAGUGGAUCCUCGAGGAAGGCACGACUGUUCCCGUUGCUGCCGUGCUCGUCGACUUGCCUGAGCGCCAGCUCUCGCGCAACGUUACCACGGUCGAGGAGAGGCGCGCCGCCGCCGCCGUGCGCGCUGUGCUCGAGGGCGAACGCUUCCCGGACCGUCUGGGGCGCCACCUUGUGGCACUGCGACGUGCGCCCGCCUGGUCUGUCCAGCUAGCAAAGGGAAUGGUCUCGAGCGUGCUGGAGUUCAGCUUCGACCCGCGCAUCAUUGUGCCCAAGGCGCCGCAGGUCAAGUCGAAGGCUUCGGGCGUCGCGCCGCGUGCCACGCCCGUGGCCACGGUGCCGAAGAGCAAGGCGCCGGCCGGCGGCGUGCAGGCCGCAGAGAUUCCUGCGCAGCCCAAGGUCGUGCCUCAGGUGGGCAACCGCCGCCAGCAGACGCGCACGACUGCCGUGCCGGAGGGACCACUCCCGCCGUCGUCGCUGGCGCCGCGCUAUGCCAACGCAAGCGAUGUGGCGCAGCUGCAUCGCGACAAGAUGGGCUUCCGCAAGGUGCUCGUCUCCGUCUCGAAGUUCGGCAAGGUGUACGCCAAGGACACGCAGACGGGCCACUAUCUGUGGGAGAAGAGCCUGGUCGGCUUUGGCACGGGCGAGGGCAAGGCCCCGCCAGAGAUCAAAGUGCGCCUUCUCAGCGUCACGCGUCCCGUCGGCGCGGCGGUCACGGCCUCUGGCACUGCUGCCGGCGACAGCGAGGCAGCAGCGGCGGCGGCGCUCGGCCCGCUCGUCACCAUCGCGGCCGAGGUGCUCGAGAAGGGCCACUGGGUGCUGCGCAUCUGGGAGAUUAACCCAUUGACCGGACACUUCCUGUACGGCGAAGAGACGCAGACGGGCGCACCGCUGCUGCUCGGCACGGCCAAGGACGUCUUUGUGCUGCCCGUCGAGGGCGCCGAGACGGGCCAGAAGGCGCUCGGCGCCGUUGACGCGGAGGGAGCUCUGCGCAUCUGGCCCGAGUCGCCGUCCGUCCUGCGCGCCUUUGCGCAGAUCGCUCCGUCCUUCUUCUUCAGCAGCGUCUCGGACGAGGGCAAGCGGCUGACUGGCUACGCCGUGCUUUCCGGCUCCUCGGCACAGACGGUACCUGUCUGGCAGCUGCCCUUGGCCGACGGCGAAGUGGUAGAGAGCGUGUCGCGCGCCACGAGCGACGUCGUCGCCAGCCAGGGCAAGGUGCUCGGCACGCGCGAGACGAUGUACAAGUACCUCUCGCCGCAUGCCCUGCUCGUUGUCACGCGCGAGGCUGCGGCACGCUCGGCCACGGUCUACGUCGUCGACGGCGUCGCCGGCAACGUGCUCUACUCGUCGCGCAUCGCCGACGGCAACCUCACGCCCGACAGCGAGCUGCUUGCCACGUUCACCGAGAACUGGGUCGCAGUGACGUACACGGUCGCCGCGGAGGCGAGCAGCGACGCCGCCGCGUCGGAGCUCGAUGCACCGUCGCCGAAGAGCAGCAAGCCCGAGACGCGCCUGCUGUCGCUCGAGCUGUACGAGGAGGAGAGCCGCUCGCUGCAGACGUGGAAGUGGAGCGGGCAGCGCUCGAGCUUUGCGCACGACGGACACGCCGCAUCGCCUGCUGCAGUGCGAGCCUUUGCGCAGACGUACGUCGUGCCCUUUGCCGUCCGCGCACUGGGCCACACGCGCACGCGCUACGGCGUCACCGUCAAGGCGCUGCUGCUCGCCACGUCGAACGGCUCGCUCUUUGCGCUGCCGCGGCGCAUGCUCGACCCGCGCCGGCCCGUCGGGCGCAAGGCGACGACGACGGAGCUCGAGGAGGGCCUCGCCACCUUUGACGCAUACAUCCCCAACGACCCGCGCCUGGACGUGGGCGGCGAGUACCGCAUCGAGGGCGCCAAGCUCAUCGUCACGGCCUCGGCGAUGCUGGAGAGCUCGAGCGUGGUGUACGUCGCCGGCCUCGACGAGCUGCUGACGCGCGUGGCGCCCAGCGGCACGUUUGACAUGCUGUCGCCGACAUUCAACAAGGCGCAGCUCUUGCUCACCAUUGCGGCGCUCAGCGGCGGCCUCAUCAUCGUGCGGCCCAUGGUCAAGGCAAAGGUGCUUAAGGCACGCUGGUGA